CACUGGAAGACAGGGGUGUUCUCAGAAAGGGGACAUAGAGAAGGACAGUUGGGGAGGGGAAAUCUAAAUUGUGGCUAUAACCCCUUUAAAAAUACCAAAGCAAUUCUGAGAGUAGGGUGAGAUGGCCGUGUGAUUAUCCAUGGUUGAAGACAACAGCUUUAACAGAAAGGUUUGUUGCAGGAAAAGAAAGGAGAUGGCAUGAACUAAGGAAAUGAUAUAGCAAAAGGAGAAGGAGGAGGAAAGAAGUAAAUUAGAAAGUAGAGCUGAUAUGUUUAAAGCAGGGAGCGAAAGAGUGAAAAUAGAUGAAGGAAUUAGGAGAAAAGAUGUCAGCUGAGAUACAAAUAGUGUGAAUAGACUGAUAUUGGAAAGGAUACAGGAUAGAAUACCUGAACUGGGAAUUCUCUGGAGAAGGCCUCAACAUUUGGGUGAACUUCGAAUCAUGACCUCCUACAUCAUCUCAGGCUCUCUGUAGCUGCCAGCUUUACCAUGGAGAAACUAUUGCCACUGACUGCAGGGGAAAGUGAGCCCAUUGUCCACUGUGGGGGACAUUCCCACAAGGACUGUUGCGAGCGGGUGGUGAUAAAUGUUUCUGGCCUACGAUUUGAGACCCAAGUAAAGACCUUGAGACAGUUCCCCAAUACUUUACUGGGUGAUCCUCUGCGCCGUUUGCAAUAUUACGACCCAUUGCGUAAUGAAUACUUCUUUGAUCGCAACCGGCCUUCCUUUGACUCUAUUCUGUAUUAUUACCAAUCUGGAGGACGGCUUCGAAGGCCAAUCAAUGUCCCUCUUGAUGUUUUUUUGGAGGAACUUAAAUUCUAUCAACUGGGUGAAGAAGCUCUCUCCAAAUUUCGUGAUGAUGAAGGAUUCAUCAAGGAAGAAGAGCAACCUAUGCCUGAGAGAGAGUUCCUCAAACAAGUGUGGCUGCUCUUUGAACAUCCAGAGAGCUCCCAAGCUGCCCGCAUCAUUGCAAUCAUUUCCGUUAUGGUCAUUCUUAUCUCCAUUGUGAUUUUUUGCCUGGAGACUUUACCUGAGUUUCGGGACGAGAGCGACGUGUCUUUGCCACUUGUCCAUCAUCAUUUGAAUAGCAGUGUGAUGCACCCAAUGCCACCACAAUCUAAUUCUGAAGAUCCUUUCUUCAUUGUGGAAACCAUUUGCAUCUGUUGGUUCUCCUUUGAACUCCUGGUGCGACUUAUAGCCUGCCCAAGUAAGCCAGCUUUCUUCAAGAAUAUCAUGAACAUGAUUGAUUUUAUAGCCAUCAUACCUUACUUUGUUGCCCUUGGUACAGAGUUUGCACGCCAGCGUGGGGUAAGCCAACCUGCCAUGUCAUUGGCUAUCCUCAGAGUCAUCCGGUUGGUGAGAGUCUUUAGAAUCUUCAAACUCUCCAGACACUCCAAAGGAUUGCAAAUCCUAGGUCAGACGCUUAAAGCCAGCAUGAGGGAGCUGGGCUUGCUCAUCUUCUUCCUCUUCAUUGGAGUCAUCUUGUUCUCCAGUGCUGUCUAUUUUGCAGAAGCUGAUCAUGAACAGUCAAAUUUCUCCAGCAUCCCUUCUGCCUUCUGGUGGGCUGUGGUUACCAUGACAACUGUGGGAUAUGGUGACAUGUACCCUGAAACUAUUGGAGGCAAAAUUGUGGGGUCUCUUUGUGCCAUUGCUGGAGUACUCACCAUCUCGCUUCCAGUACCUGUCAUUGUCUCCAACUUCAGCUACUUUUAUCACCGAGAAACUGAUUGUGAGGAUCAAGGUCAAUACACCCACAUUACAACAUGCCCAUAUACCCCACCACCAUCCCCAGAACUUGCUGCCAUCCAAAGGAAAGUUCAUAGCCAUGAGAAAGCUCUACAUAGGGAGAAACAUGGGGAUAAAGAACUUAUUGUACCCAGUUCAGAAUUUCUAGAUGGUAUGGUGCUUACAGGCAAUUCAGAAGUUCCCAACAAACGUCUUGUGACCCAAGUGUGAUCAUCUCAUCCACCCAAGCAAUUCUUGCCUGCUAGAUGCCUUUCCUUACCUCACCUCAGCAUAUUUAACUUGAAAGUUCUGCAUAAUAAGGCCAUGAGCCAGAAGUCUGAUCUGUUGUUGUGCUUAAAAACUAGUAAUGGGUUCAAAGAUAUGCUUCACGUUAAUUUAGAGGGAAGGGUUUGGAAUGGGACUAAUUACAACGAGCUGCCAAAGGAUCAGACUAUAUAGUAAGAAAAAUGAAUUAAAUUGCAAAGAGGCAGUUCAACAAACAUCUAUUCUGCCAUAUUGUUCUUUUGUAAGUUGGAGUUGCAAUCAGUCAUGAAAAAGUGUUUUCUUUCUGCUUUUUUAAUUUGCCUUUACUCUGUUAUCUACCAUCCUUAUGUGACUCAAAAGGGCACAAAGAUGCCUUCCUGAAACCAUAGCACUGUGUUCUUGAGUUACAUCUGCUGGAUCGUCCAAAGGAACAUACCCAGGACAAGCAGACCCCAAAUAGCAAGUGUGGGGAUAAAUAAGGGAGUGCUAUCAGGCAGUCAUUUUUGAUUCAGGAUAUUACAGGCAACAUUGUCAUCGUGCUAAGAAGGAACUGUAAAUACAUCUCUAGGAGAAAGCCUGUUGUUGCUCUGCUGCUGCUGCUGCUGCUGCUACUAUUGCUGUUACUGUUGCUGCUACUACUACUUCUACUACUGCUGCUGCUACAGGUUUUUCAUCAGCUACUUUCCUAACAUAGGACUUCUUUACUUAGAUUAUACAACAGAUAAUUUGCCUUCAUGUUUCUGGAAAUUUACUUUGAAAAUUGCUCUUGUUUUUUAAGCAAUAGCAAAACUAUAGUGGUUGUAUAAUGUGUUUUGAAAUCUACUUUCUUUUCUUCUGAAAUUUAGUGCAACCCUCUUCUCAGCACAUUCUUCUGAUUCCAUGUUCAGUCCCCUAAAAAGGAAGAGGACAAUUUAAUAUAACAUUAAAACCAAGAUCAACCCAGUUAACUAUACCUCAAACCAGCCCAACUUAAAAAAGCAGGGUAAAAGAGUUUAGAUUGUGUAACAGAUCUUGUGUGGGUGCAUAUAUGCAUAUCUUUGAGAUAACAUUGACUCAUAGCAACUACUAGGACUAGUGUGUCCAGGUUUUUUUUUUUGAAAACCCAAAAACUUUUUGGGAAGUGGUUUUCAUUACUUUCUUCCUGGGAUGAGAGAGAGAGAGCAACUAGCCCUAAGUCACCUAACUGGCUUUAUCUCUAAGGCAGAAAUCUCCUGGUUUCUAGCCUGAUGCCUUAAUCACAAACUGGCUCUCCUUAGAAUACCAUUAAUACCAUUAAUACCAUAGUCCUUCAACACUAUGCUUCUUUUGUCUAUGGUGCCAAAAUAUUGUGAGUUGUUUCUGGACAACCCAAUAAGACUUUCCUUACAAAUAUGCACAAUCCAUUCUGCUCUUCCAUUGCUUUUGGAACAAAAACCCUUCUGCUUCAAUUUAACCACUGUCAAAUUCAUUCAGGAAGAACAUAGACUUUCACCUCAAAAUCCAGAUAACUGCUAAAAACCUUACUUUUAAUUCGGGUUAACCUUCUGCUAGCUACUGUCAAACAGUUUAUUUUACUUCAUAUGUUUUAGAGCAGCUUUUUCUAACCUGAUCUCUUUCAUGUUCACUAAAUGACAGCUCUAUUCUUUCUGGCUGGAGUUUAUAAAAGCUGUAGACCAACAGUUAUAGAGGGCACUAGACUGGGAAUGAUUGGGUUAAACAUUGCUCUAUAAAGGUAAAUCCUCUUUUUUAGUUAUCCCAUAAAAUAUUGUAGGAAAUGGAAGUGAUGAUAGGUCUGAAAAUUUUAAUAAUAAAUAGCAAUCAGCUGGGUAAAAUAUGAAACUGAAAAAGAGAAAGACUUCCCCUAACCCCCAUCUCCCAGUCACUUUAUUUGUCUUAAUAAAAUUUGUAUUACACGAGUCUUAAAAUGAGAGAAAGGGAAGAGUUUACAUUUUGGUUAAACAACAGCACUUUCUCUUAAUUAUAGGGCAAAAAGAACUAUAUAAAUAAAAAAAGCUUCUUGAAGUCAAUUAAGCUUAAAGGACAGAGUGUGAAUAAGUGAAUCUAAACAGAAGUGUGAAUUGUGCAAGUGAGUACAGAGGCUACAGAUAUCUCAACAGAAAUGCAGUACAAUAGAAAUGGCUGGCAAAUAGAUAAUGUGGUAAGUUUUUAAAAAAUUAUAGCUAUGGUUAUAUUACCCCCCUGCUCAUUUCUUACAUCAGGAACUUAAUGACAAAGUAAUGCUAUGUAGAAUAUGUUGUUAACAAAAGUGGGCAGGGUAGGAUGAACAUAUGCAAAAGAAGACAGGAUUCCUGCAUCUUCCUCUUGGAAGAGGAAGGUUCAAUAAAUGGAAAAGGUCAGCCAGAGUGAACAUAACAAGAGCCUGCUGGACCAGACCAACAUCUAUCUAUCCCAGUAUCUGUUUUGCAAUAAUGGUGCUAUCUGAGUAAGUUGGGCUUUGGCUCCCAUAAAACUUGGGAAGUUUGGGAAUUGAUAUCCAGUGUUUCAAAAAAUACACCUGAUUGAGCAAGGUUCAACUUGACAGUAAACCAACUUUUUAAUAGAGUUGUAACAUAUGAGCGAUAUAAUUGAAUUUUAAAAAGAAUUCCUGUUUUCUACUAGUACAAAAAAGAAAUGGCCAGAGCAUAAAUACUACAGAAUUAUAAUUUUAAACUUAAUGACAAGCUAUGUUUAAAACAAGAUUUGUAAAUAAAUAGUGUUUGUUGCUGAAAAAUAAGACAAAUAAAACACACUAUGGUUAAAUGUACCAAGAGAACCCUGCUUAUAAAUUUGUCUCUUCUUAAAAUAGGACUUUUUAUUAUAUCUUGUGGAAAAAACUUUAUAGGUUAGUUAAGAACUGUCAAAAGAAAUUGACUUUAUUUAUCCUAAAUUUCUUGCAAGUUGGCUUCUCAGGAGAGCCCCAUAUUUUACCAUUGUGUGUCUGAGGGAGAGAAGAAACAGCUAUCUGCCUCCUGUGCAUUAUGCAAAGGCAUGCUUAUUACAAUGAAAGUAAGUGCAAGAGGAAAAGGAUUACUCUGGUGAGAAUUGCCACCUUGUCGCUCAUAAAUGCUCUGUGUGAAGGAAUUGCAAAGUUACAUGAUACAGUAUGUAGAUCAUUUAGUUCUUUGGUAGCAUAGUGCCUCUGCCAGGAACAUAGAUGACAACAAUCCCCCUUAGCAACUAGAGUACUGUCUGGGCCAACUGUAAUUUAAACAUUUUGAGUAGCAUGUAAUUUGUCUGCAUAAUUUCAGUAACUGAAGUGUAGCUUAUGCCUAAACAAUUGCACUGUAGUUGAUAAGCACAGUCACAGUGGCUAUAUUUAUAAAUGGUACCAUCCAGAAAUACAUUUGCAUUUAUUACUCAACCAUUGUGGAUAUAGGUUUAGAGUAAAAGCUUAGAAAAUAUUUGGAAGAAAUUAAUAUAUAAAAGCAUUCCAAAGCUGGAAUCCAAAGAGAAGCUGCUAUAGUUUUUGUUGGAUAAUGAAGUAAUUAUAUACACCUCCUGGGUUGAGAAAUCUGUUGCUCUCAUGAUGUUGCUAAAGGGCAACUUCCAGCAUUCCCCAUGAUAAGCUUUGCAAAAAGUCUUUAGGGAUGCUUCACAUUUGCUCUAGACUGAUAAACUUUACAUUCAGCAAUAUAACAUGAGAGUGUCUCCCCCCUCUUUUUUUUUUUUUUGGCACGGUACCAUUAAUGUUGAAGUCUCCACAAUUUUUUCCAGCAAAUAAUAAUUAGGCAUUGAUGGAAAAAGGAUAUUGGACUAGCUUUCGCUAACCUCUUCCAUAAUUUGAAUCAAAUGUUAUGGUAAAGUAAAUGCUUCACUGUCUAUAGUUUCUAUGGUUAAAAUGGAUUGGCAGGUUCAUCAGUAUCAGUGUCAAAUGUUACCAUGCAUUAUAUGUGCCCUAUGCAAACUAAUUGGAGGUGGGUACCGGGAUCUUUCAGGCAAGUCUCAGUCCAAUUGCUUUGUCUGCAGCUGGAAAACCUGCUUGAAAGCCUCCAGCGCUGCAGCCAUCAGCAUGUUCAAGGGAGCUUGAACAAAAUUGCAGGUACUUGUGCUGCCCUCUUUUCCUCCUCUACAUUUCCUCUAUAUUUAGGCAAGAAAAACCAAAUGCGCAGAUAUAUAGUAUAGAUGGUACCUGGCUCAAUAAUAGUAACUGUGAGGAGGAUCUAGGAGUCCUAGUGUAUAAUCACUUAAAUAUGAUAGUGUG